AUGGACUCACAGGAGCCUUGUUUGAGUUUAAAUCAAGCAAAAGAUCAAAAUCAAGAGCUACAUCUCCAAGACAAAAGUGAACACCUUUCCAUCAAAGUAGACUAUUUGGAAACAAGAGUGACUCAUUUGUCCACUACCAACACAGACCUGUCCAACAGGCUGGUCCAUAGUGAAGAAGAGAAACUAAAGAUUUCAAAGGAGCUUGUGGAGGAAAAGCUUCAUUUUAAUGAGAUGAGAGGCAAGUUUGAAGACGAGAUGUUUGAAUUAAGAAAUAAGUUAUUGAACCAAAAAGACGAGAUAACAGAGCUAGUUACCGAGCGAGACAACUUACUAGGUGAGCUCCAAAUAGCCGAGACGAAUUUCAAGAGCCAGCAAGAGGAGUAUGCCUCGCUCAAGAAGGACUACCUCGCUCUGGCAGAGGCCCAUCACAAAGAGCUGGCCCAAAGCAAGGAACUGAGCGCAGAGCUGCUGGCCUCGGCCCAAGCCCAGGACACUUUACGCUGCAAGCUAGCCAAGAAGCAUCAAAAGGCUCAGGAAAGCUCAACGGACCUUCACGGGGAGCUAAACAGAGUCAGGGCCCUCAUUGGCCGCCUUCUGCAGAACAGGGUUAAGCUCCUAGGAAACCAAGAGGAGAUGAAAAACAUGCUGGAGGACUUGAAGCGCUGCUAUGAGGAAGAGCAAAGGAAACUCAAGGAGAAGAUUGGGGAGAUGAGAAAGGAACAGCGGAUCCCAAGCGGACAGCAGAAACCAUCUGAGCUGAGUAUGCCAUGCUGGUGCUGCCAGACGCAUCUAAAGGAGGCCAAAGAGGAGAACUCAAGGCUGCAGCUGCAGGUCAAAGAGCUUCACCAGCAAUAUCGUGCAAAGCUGUUGUGCUAUUUAAAGGACAUAACCAACUACAUAGAUGAUGUCGCAGGAGGCAAAAUGCUUGCCCAGAGAAACAAGUUGAGAGGUUUUGUGGACAACGUGCUUGGAGACGUCCGUGCUUCAUACAGGGCCCGUGAGGAGCAGCUUGCUACUGCUGCACAGGAGUACAAAAAGAAACUGCAGAAGACCACCAAGACCCAUCAUGCCCUGAUAUGUACUUAUAGGGCUCAGAGAGAGCAGAUUUUGGCUAAACCAGACAUGGGUUUUGACCCUGGACCCCCAGAUUCCCAUUUCAACCUGCUCAAUACGUCAAAAGAAGAAUUGAGUGAGCUCCAGCAACUUGGACAAAAAGUGGAGGGUCAGCAAAAAGUUGGCCUAAAUCAGGUGGCAUUUGUCAAAACUUCAACCCAUUCCACCAACCAGGAGAUGCCACAACCGGAGCAGAUAUUUCAAGAAUCCUGGGCGGUCAUCAAGAAACAGCUGAAGGAAAUAACAGACUCCACGCUGGAAGGUUAUGAGAAGGAGCGCACACUUCUAAUCACCAGAGCAACAGUCGCAGAAGAACAAGUGUCACACUUACAAAACUUUAUAGACAAGCAUCUUCACAGGUAUAAACAGGAGAUAACACAUCUCCGUCACCUGUGUGCUAAAAAGGAGGCCCUGGGAACACCUAGCAAUCAUUAG